UUCGUCAUCGUCCAGCCCAUCCGCUUCACCCCGACAACCCAGCUCUGGCCAUGUGCCGAGCCAACUUGCUCCACCUUGGCCAUUUAAUCCUCAGGAGACAGCUCUAAUCCGCGCCGGUUAUCGCCCUGCAUUCAAACCGAACAUUGCGAAGAACGAGGAUCCUACCCCGCAAGCCAUUUCUAAGGCAAGAAGCACUCUUCCGCCAUGGCCGAACCAAGAGCCCGUGCCGCUAGGCACAAGGGCCAGAUGAACUUUGCCGCCGAAUUGCGCCUCCUCCUUCUAGCAUAUGGUGACCCAAGCCCGCACCCAUCUUUCCCUUCGGAGCCCCUUCCUGAAACGGUCCGUGUACUCGAUGAGAUUGUUACCGACUUUGUUCUGGAGAUGUGCCACGGCGCAGCUCAGUAUGCCGCCUACUCGCGCCGUCAGAAGAUCAAGGUUGAUGACUUCCGGUUUGCGCUGCGCCGCGAUCCUAAUAAACUCGGUCGUGUCCAGGAGCUCUUGCGUAUGGAGCGUGAAUUGAAAGAGGCUCGAAAGGCGUUCGAUCAGAAUGAUGACCAGGUUGGAAACUUGAAGGAUGCUAGCAAGAAGGAGCUUGAGGACCUGGGCGAUGGUGCCGAUAGCAAGAAGAGCAAGGGAAAAGGAAAGAGAACUGCUAGAAGAGAUUCAGAUGCUACGGAAGAUACGACUGUUUCGAAGAAGAGGAAGACCGGUUAAGUUGGUAACCGAUGUCUCUCAACUAUUUUCGAUAUCUUUCUGCUCUCCAAUUUCUUUUACUUCUCAGGCGUUCUAGUUCCGGUCACGGCUUUUAAACAAAUUUAGGAUACCACUUGUGUCAGGGCAGGGCGUUAUUGGGAAAUUGAUCCGGGCUCCUUCCUAAACUUGGGAUUGAAAGAUAAAACCAAUGCUCAUG